ACCUCAAUGAAGGUGAUUGGAGUAUGUCACCACUACCAACCAGAAGAAUACUCAUUCAAAAAGGACCAAACGGUUUAGGAUUUUCUGUGAAGGGAGGUGGGGAUGUCGAGCUACCAUUGGUUGUGUCAAGGGUUGAGUCAGGUGGUGGGGCUGUAGGAUUGCUGAAAGUUGGUAUGGAGGUAUCAGCCGUGAAUGGUAUUAGCUUAGAAGGGUUGCCACACUAUGCAGCUGUCGAGAUUCUCAGAAGAACAAGAUCUCCUGUUAUUCUUUUUGUGCGAAAUUCGACAAGAGAAACAGCUGCUAUUGCUGACAACUUCCUGUUGGACUCGGAUUCACGAUUUAGUACCCUCCAGUCUCGUCGUUCAGAAACAGAUACGUUACGAAGUUCUAACUCUAGAAGUGAAUAUGAAACUGAGUACAAGUUGUAUUACGGUAACGCCUGUGAACGUAUAGAUGGAGGUUCCCAAGUAUCACCAGCUCCCUCCCCGAUCGAUCCCAGCAAUGCUGAUCUAUAUGAUUUGAGAACCGUCAAAAGGUUUGUGAAGGAGAUACUACACCUACCAAAAGAAGUAUUUGCCAGAAAGUUAGCUUGGAAGUUUCCGCCAGUUGCCCUCGGAAAGUUUCACAAGUGGUUGCUCAGCAAGCUUCAAAGGUUCGACUGUGAAAUCCCUCAAAACGCUACCAACUUCAUAUUCGACGCUUUUUCCCAGAGUCUGUACCUAUCACGUGCUAUCUACGACUUGGUACAUCUCAUCAGAACACUAAUGGCUAUGGAACGUACCGGCCUCCCCACAACCACCAAACUCCCUCUCCAACCCGCUCCCGGAACCCAACAACCUCUCGUCCCCCUGCCCCACUCGCACGCUGAACUCCACAACCCUCAGACCAUGGCUACCUUCUUGGCGGAACUCAGUGAGAUCAAGUCUCAGCUGGCACGAGCGAAGCAAGAGGGAGAACACGUGGUCGGCACUCAGGCUCACAUCUCUCAACAGAACGAGGAGAUAAAGGCACUGCGAGAACAGUUGAUGAGCUACGAAGCCAGAAUUUCAGCGCUUAGCAACAAUGGUGCUCGCAGUAGGGAUUCUGAUCUGGGAAGCUUCUUCAAGGAAAACUUUAAAAGGAUUAAAAAGAAGACGAUGAAACGCAGACAGAGUUUGACCGGACAGGGCAAGUCGGACGGAAAGAUAACAGUACGUGGCGGAGCUCCUAUAGACGAGCAGAGCAAGGAGAACUGUCCUGAAAACGGAUUCAAAUCACCAGCAGUUUCUAUCAGAUCACACGGCGAGGAGGAGGUUUCUUUAACUCACAUCGAUGUGGUCACGUCAACUCCCACUCUGCCGCGGGCGAACAAUGGGAGUAACUCUGAGAAGGGAUCUCACAACGAGAUCUUUGUUCACAUGGGGGAUCAUGUCAGCGCCCAUUCUAUGCAGGUCCGCUCGGCAGAUAGUCUAGCUCCACCAGAACAGUCACGUGACCGACUAUACAGCUCCGAUGACGACUACGUCCAGAUGAACGGAGUACCAUCCCCUGGAGCAACCCUCACUCGAGCAUCCCUCGCUCGAGCAUUCGACCCUCUCAAAGAGGAAGAACCUGCAAUCCGGCGGAUUAGCAGAGAUUACAAACGAUCAUCAGUAUCUUCUUCAAACAGCAAAGUUUCAAUAGAAUCACUGAAGCUGAAACACAAACAGACGAUAAUGAUAGACAGUGAUGAGUGUGACGUGCAGGACGAGAAUGAAGAUUAUAUGCAGAUGAACCUGUCCGGAGACCAGGUUGUCAGAGAUCAGUUCAGCUCGUACGAGGAUGAGUGCGAGGAUUACGUUGAAACUGACGUUCUCCCCUCAUCUCGGUUUGAGGAAUAUGUUGAAACAGAUAUUCUCCCUGCACCUCGACUAUUUCAACAGCCACCUGCUCCUGUUCAAUCUAAAGAAGAGAAUGUGCAGAAAAAGGAAGAGAAGAAGGAGGAUAUUUGUGCUGGGAGUGAUACAAUAUCCACUGCAACUCUUCAGGCUGAUGUUAAUGUUACAGAGGAGAGACAAAUUAAUGCCAUUCAGGAGAAGGAGAUGUCACGUGAUGUAGACAGUAUCAUGGUGGAUAUAGCGACCCUGCACCGGAUGGAGCAGGAUCUGAUCAAACCCGCCCCUCCUCCACUGCACCCUAAACCUACCCUGAGAAAGGGCAUGUCACCCUUAACGUCUUCUGCUGUUAUUGCAUCACCAGCCCAGCCACACAGUGGUGGUAUGGUAAAAGCUCACGAGGUCCCAAUAUACGCCAAAGUGGAGAGGAUAACUAGUCCGCCGCUCCCUCGGAUCAGGCCCUUCUCGUACGGUGAAGCAAGCAUAUCCAGCUACACCAGCCAAAACGAGUUGUCUCGUCACGAGGUGUGCUCCACCAAGACAAACCCCCGGAAGACAAGUCUCACAAGCAACGGCAGUAGUGUGGAACUCAAGAGUGACUAUUCAUCUGAUAGACCCAGUUCCUACAACACUUCCCACACCGCUAAUAGUGAUCACGGUGACAGGUUUUCAAGGAUAAGCAGUGACGUAACCCCUGAUGAAAACCACCGAUUGAGCGUAAUAUCGGACGACAAAUCAGACGGAGUCUUUGGGAGUCCCGUCAAGAACACCCGACUUGAUCCCCUGACCUUGCCCCCUAACACACCUGCUCCUGAGAAACCUCCUAGAGGCAUGGUGGCAGAAAAGCUCCUUCACAGUUCCUCCCUUCCCACUCGCACUCUUAGUUUGUCUUCAUCUGAGCGGCGGACUCGCAACACUAACAGCACCAGUGGACUGAAUGUUUCUUUCGAAGUAAUGGAGGAACUGGAGGACUGCAAGGAUCAGGAAGUGGGCUCAGAUUUCUUCAGUAAAGGGAAGAAAGAAAAGAAACAAACGCCUUUCAAGAAGAUGUUGAGUUUUGGUAAGGGUAAGAAAAAGAGGAGUUCCUCUUCCGGAGAACAGACUCUGGCAGCGGUCACACCCCGAGCUAGACAGCCAGAAGUGAGGAACAUGGAAGGAAGAGUCUCGGUAGAAGAUUUCAAACAUUCGCCCCACUUCAGCGUUGAACGACCAGGUUCCAGACCAGGCUCUUUGAGCUCUCCUCUACUUCUCCACAGAAGCAGAGACAACAGUGGUGCUUCGUCUUCCUCUCACUCUUCAGGCGCUGCUAGCUCAUCCGCACAUUCCAGACACUCGACACAUUCCGGCACGCACUCCACCGAUAACCAGCUGGCAGAUAAUAGCCGGAACUCGGCCAGCAUACAUUCUGGAGAAUUUGCGAGCCCGGUCAAUGUGAGUCCUAUUGGAGAACUUGAUAUCGAGCCAGAGAUUGACAAUAUUGAUAAUAGGCAUACCUUUGAUUUUGAUAUUAAAAGUGAACAUAACUCGAACAGCAGUAUUAUUUACCCUGGUGAGGAGGUGCCUGAUAACGACAUCGCUAACGACAAUUCUAGAAAAUCCUCCAAAGGGUUCUACGAUGAUAUAGGAGUGUUCAUCAAUUUCAACGAACUUCCUGUGGCUAAGGAGCCCAUCCUAGAUCUAACCAAUGAAACUAUCAUUGAUUUGGACGGCGAUAUUAUCAAAGAUCUAGAAGAACUCAAGGUGCUAAGAGGUAAAAGUCUGCCCGCUGUGGUCAAUGAUCGUAAAACUCAGCCCACUGAUCAAAUCAUUCUGGACAAUGAUCGUAAAACUCAGCCCACUGAGCAAAUCAUAGUGGACAAUGAUCGAAUGAAUCAGAAUGACAAUAUCUUCGAGAAGAAGGACGAUCUGCAAAUAUUAAGAAGAGAUUCUCCGUUACAGAAAAAGAAAUUGGAGCGAAUCAUGGACAGUAAUCUUACCGCUAAGGUAAACUCCGAACUGAGGAUUAAUUUCGAGUGCAACAUGAUGGUUCAAGAGAUCGAACGAAUCGGCUCACCAUCACUUCUCAAUAAAACAAGAGACAAUGUGGAUAUCAUCUCCAGUCCGAAUAGAAUGAAGAAAACUCCUAGUCCAACUUUUUCGGAGAUUGAUGCAUUGUUAGGAAAUAUCACUGCCGAAUUGGAUAAUUUAGAGUUUUGAUUUUUUUUGAUGUGAUAAUUGUUUAGGAUUAGCCACCAUUUCUUUAUCACGCUUUUUUUGCAGAAUGAGCUGCACAUUAAUUUAAAAACCGAUAAAAUUUGUUUUAAAGCUGAACUGCUAGUAGUUGUUUUUUGUUUUGGCACAAAUAUUGACUUGUUGUUAGAAAUUAAAUCACGCUAUUCGUGUAAAAGAGUGAUUUGUUUCCAUUUGGUUUUGACAUUUUGCUUUGAAAAUUGUUGAAAAUUAUGUAUUGUUAUUUUCUUUCUUUUAAUAGAGUAAGUCGCUUAAAUAAGUAAAACAUUUUGUCGAAGGCAAACCUAAUUAUAAUAAUUAUGAAGAAUUGUAUAAAGUAGGGCUACACUCUACAGCUAUCCUGAUUCUAAAGUCUCGUAUAAAUAAACAUAGCCAAUAUGAUCAACUUUUUCGAAUUUGUCUUCGAUCUGAACAAAGUCUUUAACUCUAAACUUCUAAAUGAUGAC